AUUAAGAGGGCAAUUUAGUAAUUAGGCAAUAAAACUUAUUUACACCAAAGUCCCUUGGGUCUUUAAAUUGAUUUUUCCAUUUCACGGGACAGAAAUUUGAAUCCUUCUGUGGCACUCGGUAGUUAUUUUUCACGCACCCCGCACGGACCCUAACCAGAAGUGGACUCUACUCCAGUAUCCACUCCAUUCUCCAUCACAGAGUCGCAACUCGCAAACCCUAAUCCUCUAUUCUUUAUCUUCGAUUUCUGCUCCUCGCCUCCUCCUCCCGUGUUCGUCUUCCUCAGACCUCAAAAUCAGUCCUCACCUGACUCACUUCACGGUCUCGACCUCUCACCUCACUCUCAGAUCAGAGUCCAGUCGCUCAGUCCGCGCGAGGCUUAGUCUCAGAUCUGGGUGUCUCUCUCGCUCCAGGCCCCCGAUUUUGCAUUUCUGCCUUCUGCGAUUUAUCUCCCUCGUGUGAGAGUGAGACUGCUCGGUGCUUGUCUCGUCAUUCCUCUUGAGUCUUCACCGUCCGCGGCACUGCUCGACCGCCCGCGACUCCGUCUCCCUCUCCGAAGUCCUCCUUGUGUCAUACUCUAAGCCUUGAACCGAACCAGAAUUCCAGAACCACGGCUACGGCAGCAGCAUCUAAUUCUGGUCUGAAAAGGCUAAGCUCGAAGUUGAAGCGUCGAAUGACAACGUCUCCCAAAUCUCCCAGCGUCUCCCUCGCAGCUUUGAGCUCUCGCUCUGAAAAUGAUGUUUGGGGACAAAGAACAUAAUUUUCCAUUACCAUCGGGUGAAAAUGAUGUUUCCCAAAUGACCGAGGUCCCUGUACCUCUGGAACACCAUGCUUCUCGAGCGGAAAAAAUUGGAACGAGCACAUACUCGGUGGAGGUUAAUCCUGUCCCCAAAUCACUUGAUCUUGAUUCCGAAGCUAUCUGUGCCAGAAUUUUAUCCCGUGAUAGAAGUGGGGAAUGUGGCAAGAAUCCUGCCAAAGUAUCCUUUCCUGGGAAGCACGAUAGGGGGGCCCUUACUACUUUUGUAAACUCUAAAGUAACUGACGCCGAUCUUAAUGCAGAAGAUGUUACAAGCUGUAUAAAUCUGGGCGAGGCACAGGCUUACAAAGAACACGAUCAAUUUAAGUCAAACGAUAUUUCUGAGAGUGGUAGCUGUACAGGGCCUAUAAAAGAAAAAGAUCCUAUGAGAAUUUGGAGGGAGAUGAAGCGAAAUGGUUUUCUUUCAUCUUCUCAUGGAGGUAUCCCGAUGCCAAACAAACGAGGUAGAAAAGGUAAAAAUGAUAUCCUCAAGCUAAAGUUAGAGCUUGCAAAAAAAGAGCAAGUUGACAGGUUCUCAAAGAUUGCUGCUCCAAGUGGACUGCUGAAUGAAUUAAACCCAGGGAUUAUUAAUCACGUAAGAAAUAAAAAACAGGUUCAUUCGAUUAUAGAGGCUAUUGUCUCUGAAAAGCAUGAAAAUGCCAAGGUCGGAUGCAAGCAAGCGACACAUUUUACGGGUGAAAGUACAGAAGUUAGCAAAAGGGAUUUGGAAUGUGUAACAGAAGCAGGAAAGCAUCAACAUAUCUUUCAUCGAGAAGAAGGGAUCCUUCACAAUUCUGCUGGUAAUAGGAAAGCCAAAAAGCAUCCUAUGGCAAUGGAUGAUUCUUGGACUUUGGAGGGUAAGGUUCGGGAAAAUGACCCAUGCAUGGAGGAGGGAGAAAGGUUUAAAAGUUGUGGAUCACAAUUCACCCAUGUUGCCGAAGAUGACAUUUUAGGUCUGAAGUUGUCCUCUUUAACCAAGGCAUCUGUGAGUUCUAGCUCUUUGUCAAAUGAGGAAUCAUCAAACUUCACUAGCGUUUCGUCUCUUUCCCUGAAAGCUGCUACUGUUGCAUCUCAAUGGUUGGAGCUCCUUCAUCAAGACAUCAAAGGGCGCCUCUUGGCUUUGCGUCGCAGUAGGAGGAGAGUUCGAGCUGUUAUUAAUACUGAAUUACCUUACCUUAUGUCAAAGGAAUUUUCAAAUACCCAAGAAAAUGAUUCUUCUGUUAUGGAAGCCACUGCUGGACUCCCGUAUAAUAAAAUUGCAGAAAUGCAUCGGACAAGAUGGACUGCCUUGUUUGAUAUGAUGGAUGAAGCACUUGCUGAAGAAGAAAAGCAACUUGAAAGUUGGUUAAAUCAAGUAAAAGAAAAGCGAUUGCUAUGUGACCAGGGUCUCCAACAUGUAAAUUGGAACUCAGCUUAUGGUUUGCAAAUGCUAGGGACUGUAGAAUAUGACUCCAGAACAUUGCCAACAGAUAGCUCAGAGAAAGAGUUAGCUGUGAAUGCAGCUGCAGCUUCUAUAUACUCAACAUGCAGUUUCCUGUUGUCAGAAGCUAAUUGAUCCCGAUUUGACGUUGAGAAUUGUAACUUCCAUUUAAUUAUGGUGAUUUUUUCGUCUUUCUCCGAACUGAGAAGCAGUGACCUUGGUAAUUGUCACUGGCAUGUAAAAAAAAAAACUUAGAAUUAGAACUCAGUUCUGAGAUGAGCAAGCUCUGCGGUUUGUUCAGAUUGUAACAUUAGCAUUUUAGCAAGGGGAUUUUUUUUCUUCCCUCUUCUAUUUUCACAUUUAUUUACCUGUGUCAGAGUAAUGCUCUGUCUAGAUAGUGACUGAACUAUUUCUCAUUGCGGUUACUUCACAUUGUAGCA